CAAAAAGUUUAUUUGACUAAACUGCUUCACUAUGAAGCUUUGGUCAAUUACAGUUCUCUUGUUACUGAUUUUUCUUGCAGUAAUAUCAUUAGGAUUUGCUUAUACUGAUGGAAGCAUUCGAUUAGUUGGAGGAACAAGUAAUCUAGAAGGACGUGUUGAAGUAUGUAGUGGUGGAUCAUGGGGUACUGUCUGUGAUGAUUUCUGGGGCAUCAGUGAUGCAACUGUUGUCUGUAGACAGCUUGGAUAUGAACCAAUAUCUGCCCUGGGGAGUGCCUAUUUUGGACAAGGAAAUGGAUCAAUUGUGUUGGACGAUGUCCAGUGUGUUGGAAGUGAAUCUUACCUUACAAACUGCACACACACCAUAAAUCACAACUGUACUCAUUCUGAAGAUGCAGGAGUCAGAUGUGCCUUAUGUACUACUGGAUCAAUCCGUCUUGUUAACGGUUCACACGAUUGGGAAGGAAGAGUGGAAGUUUGUCAUAGUGGAUCAUGGGGCACUGUCUGUGCUGAUUACUGGGGCUACCUUGAUGCAGCAGUAGUGUGUAGACAACUAGGCUGGGGAACAAGUGGAACUUAUCGAUCAAGUGCCUACUUUGGUCAGGGUACUGGUAGUAUCCUCCUAAGUGAUGUUCAGUGCACAGGAACAGAACAGUUUUUGACAAACUGCACACACUUGAGUAAUCGUAACUGUAGACACUCUGAGGACGCCGGAGUAACUUGUCACGUUUGUAGUUCUGGUGCUCUGCGUCUUGUUGGUGGAUCAAACUCUAGUGAGGGAAGAGUGGAACUGUGUCUAAAUGGAAGGUGGGGUACAGUGUGUGAUGACUCCUGGGACAACACUGAUGCUGGAGUUGUAUGUAGACAGCUUGGUCUAGGAACAACCGGGACAGCUCACAGCAGUGCAUACUUUGGUCUGGGAAUUGGAUCAAUAUUAUUGGAUGAUGUUGCUUGUGAUGGAACUGAACAAUUUCUUGCAAACUGCACACACACCUUCUGUGAUGCUUAUUGGGAUUCAACUGAUGCUGGUGUUGUAUGUAGACAGCUGGGAUAUGGUUCAGGAACUGCAUUUGGUAGUGCCCAUUUUGCACAAGAAAGUGGAGCACUUGUGAUGGACAAUGUCCGAUGUGAUGGGACUGAGUCUCACCUUACAAACUGUACACACCUCACAGUUGACAAAUGCUUUCCCCCUACAGAUGCAGGAGUGAGAUGUGCCCGUAAGUAA